CUGGCGGGCACGGGCAAGUCGACCAUCGCGCGGACGGUGGCCCGCAGGUACUUUGAAGAGAAGCGUCUGGCAGCGAGCUUCUUCUUCUCGCGCGGCGGCGGCGACGUUGGGCACGCCCGCAAGUUUGUCACGAGCAUCGCAGUGCAGCUUGCGCACAGCGUGCCAGCGUUGCAGCAGCACAUUAGCGACGCUGUUGCAGCGCGCAGCGACAUUGUCGGCCAGUUGCUGCGCGACCAGUGG